UCUUACUCUUUUUUCUUAUUUUGAUCGGAUGCUCUUGAGUAGUAUAUUCUUGAUCGGAUGGUUGCUUGAACAAUUCAUAAUAUAGAUAUUAAUAAUAAAAACAUUUAAUCAACAUGAGUGACACUGGGAGAAUUCUCGUUCUUUACGCAACUCAGACUUUCACUGCUCAAGAAAUAGCAGAAAGAAUAUGGAGGUCACUAAAAGUAUUAGGUUUUCGAGGUCCAGUCCAAGCCAUGGAUGAUUACCCUAUUUCAAAGCUUAUACAUGAGAAAUUUGCUAUAUUUAUAUGCGCCACAACUGGUCAAGGCGAAGAGCCUGAUAAUAUGAAAAGGUUUUGGAAGUUUUUAUUAAGGAAAAAUUUACCAUCAAAUUCUUUAUUAAAUCUCAAAUAUGGAGUUUUAGGCUUGGGGGAUUCCUCAUAUUCCAAGUUCAAUUUUGUUGGUAAAAAGCUCCAUAAACGUUUAAUGCAAUUAGGAGCAACACCGUUACUUGAUAUAGGUCUUUGUGAUUAUCAACAUGACUUGGGUCAUGAUGCUAUAAUAAUACCUUGGAUGGAAAACUUUUACUCAAUUCUCAAAGAAUACUAUCCAAACAUACAGACAGACAACCUAGAUAUCAAGUUUGUACCAAGAUGGAAAGCCAGUCUAAUAAAGGAUGACCACACAUUGUUAACACAUAGUAUGAAUGAAGACAUAUACUAUGCUAAAGGGAAUAGGGACAAAUUUUUGGACAGUACACUCUUCGAAUUGGAAAGUAAUGUUAGAACCACUGAUGAAUCUCAUUUUCAAGAUGUGAGAUUAAUGACUUUCAAUACAGUUGGUAGUACAUUGAACUAUGCACCAGGUGAUGUCUUCUGCAUAAGACCACGGAAUAGCAAGGAGGACAUAGAUGACCUUUUCAAUAUUUUUAAAUCUCAUGGAAUUGACUUACAACCUAAUUACAGAUUGUUAUUAGAAGAACUUCACGAAGACAUGCCAGUUCCAGAAUUCCUUCGUAUUCCACUAACAUUGUACGACAUUGCUGAACAGUAUUGGGAUCUACGGGCAUUUCCUACGCAGUAUGUCUUCUCUCUUCUAGCACUAGUAUCAAAUGAUAAAUUAGAAAAGGACAAAUGUAAGGAUCUUGGCUCUCCCCAGGGACAGGAAGAUUGGCUUAACUAUAGUAGAAGACCGAAGAGGACAAUACUUGAGGUUCUACACGAUUUCCAUAGAUCAGCCUCUGGAUUGACAAUAGACACAAUAUUCGAGUUAUUCUCCACAAUAAAACCUCGCUCAUUCUCAAUUGCCAGCAGCUGCCUCCCUAGCAGUGGACGUAAUGUAGAUAUACUAAUAGCUGUUGUUAAAUAUUACACAAACAUGAAAAAGGUACGUCAUGGUUUGUGUUCCAACUGGCUGGCCGGAUUAAAUGUAGGAGAUAAAGUUUAUGCUUGGAUUAAGAAAGGGACCUUUACGUUUCCCAAUGACAAGAAUAUACCAAAUAUAUUAAUUGGCCCGGGCACAGGACUAGCACCUUUCAGAAGUUUGAUACAAGAACGCGAUGUACAAAAUACACUCAGUAAACACGCAGUACACCUUUUCUUUGGCUGUCGAUACAAAAACAAAGAUUAUCACUGCAAGAAUGAAUUAGAAAAGUGGGCAGCUGACGGAAAAUUAAGUUUGUACUGCGCAUUCUCAAGAGACCAUGACGAUAAAAUAUAUGUGCAACACAAAAUAAUGGAACACAAAAAAGACUUAUGGCGCUUUAUAGAUACGAACAAAGCUAGUAUAUAUAUAUCUGGUAAUGCUAAAAGUAUGCCUGACAAUGUGCGCGAAGCUCUUUUAUUAGUUUUUGAAUCUGGCGGCCUUCAUAAUGAUGAUGCCAAGAAAAUGUUGAAGAAUAUGGAGCAAGAUGGGCGAUUUCAAUGUGAAACUUGGUGAUUAAUGAAUGCAGUGAACUUCUAGGAAAUAAAUAUAGUUAAAUUAAAUUAAAUUAAUAUUAUUUAAUAAACUAUUUAAUAAUAUGAAAUUAAUGUAAUACUUUAGAUUCCAAAAAUAGACAUAUCAUAGACAGAUGUUUCAUUGGAAAAUAAAGCAAAAU